UCAAGUUCGUUCUUUUUUUCAUCAGAAUCUUUGCGCGAAUUACUGCAAAUUGAUGUGCGUUUAUCUCUUCGUUUGAUAGAUUCCAUCAAUGCUGAAAUCCAACAGCUUUGUGUCUGGAGAGGCAAAGGAUUAUUAUAGCGGAGGAGGAGGAGGAGAACUAAUUGACCUUUUUGAUUGGUGGAAUGAAAUUCAAGAGUCGGAAAAAUGGCAGCGGGGAGUAUAUUACACUCUUUCUGCGUCUUAUGCAUUGGUUUCCUUGGUUGCACUGGUGCAACUUAUUCGCAUUCAGUUAAGAGUACCUGAAUAUGGUUGGACAACACAAAAGGUUUUUCACCUGAUGAAUUUUAUUGUGACAGGAUUGAGAGCCGUCCUGUUUGGAUUUUACAGAAACGUGUUUACCAUCAGAACGAAGGCACUUGAAUUGAUACUUUUGGAACUUCCAGGUCUGCUGUUUUUCUCAACAUAUACAUUACUUGUUCUGUUCUGGGCUGAAAUAUACUAUCAGGCAAGAAGUCUUCCCGUUGAUAAGUUUCGACCCACAUACUAUAUAAUUAAUGGUCUUAUCUACCUUCUCCAGGUGUGCAUCUGGAUCUAUGCAAGAGUCAGCCAGACGACAACUGCAGUUCAAGUUGCUCGGCUCUUUUUUUCAGUUCUCUCUUUUUCUGCUGCUCUGGGAUUUUUGAUAUAUGGCGGAAGGUUAUUCAUCAUGCUGAGACGCUUUCCCAUACAAUCUCGAGGCCGUCAAAAGAAACUGCAGGAGGUUGGAUACGUGACAUGCAUUUGCUGCGCUUGUUUCUUGAUAAGAUGCGUUAUGGAUGCUCUUUCUGCCUUUGACGAGGAUGUUGAUGUUGAUGUCCUGGACCAUCCGGUCCUCAACCUUUUCUAUUACAUGAUGGUGGAAAUUGUGCCAUCUGCAAUAGUGCUUUUUAUCCUACGGAAGUUACCUCCAAGACGUGUAUCGGAUCAGUAUCAAUCUAUCCGCUAAAGCCCUUUGAUUUUCUGAUAACCUGGAAUCUGCAAUAAGAGAGAACGUAUAUAGAGUGAAUAAUUUGAAAUGACUGCAAAGCUUUUGAUUAUCUGCCCUUCAACACAGCACAUCUGCGGAACUUUUCAUCUGUACUUUCCCACAUACAUUGCAACUCAGCAAAAUCAAUUGAGGCCGAAUCCACCUCGCACUUUUAUUCUGGUUGGAGAGUCUAAUUGCCAGCGUAGUCAUACUCCUCCUUGUUGGAUCCCUUUCUUUAAUCUUUUCACAAAUUGAAGAGUCACUCCUAAAAGCUUUUCUGAUACUAGCGUUUUAAAUUAAGGUCUUUUGCACCUUUUUUUUUAACAUUUCUAUUCAGCAUUGAUGGAGGCCAUUGGCUGCUUGCUUUGGUCUUUAGAUUCUCUGUUUCUCAUUUUUUACCCAGAGACAAAAAAGAGGAGGGGGAAAGGGACAGUUAAUGCAUGGUUCUAUCCAGGUUCUGGCCACAUGCUCUACGGGAUGCGUAUUUGUGUAGGUCAAGCCCCAUUUGCUUUGAAAAUAUUGUGGGAAGAAAGAUAUAAUUUGAAGAGGGCACUAAAUUUUCGUUAACAGUAGAAGGAUGCAGAUGGAAGUAAACUUGGAAGCUGGAGGAAGAGGUAUGGCAGAUGUACUAGGAUUAAUAUACGUAUGGUUCUAUGAAUCUCGAACAUGAUUGGCUCCUGCAUGGAUAGGAAGGAGCCUCGCCGCAGCAGCGGUAGAAAAUAAAUAGGAACGACAGAAAGUAGUCGCUAUUAUGAAUAGAAUAGGAAAAGACUUCUUGAUUAACCAGGAGUCUUGGACACUUGAGAAUUUCACUUUGUUCAUCCGAAAGCACCUAUGCAUAAGAAGCUAGAUUGAACUUAUUUUAUU